UUGAGAGUGUCCCAACAACUGACUGAGCAUUUGAGAGGGAGUGAGGAGAGAGAGACAGAGAGUUUAGAGACAAAAAGACGGAGAUGAUGAUAGAGUAAAGAAAGAGCCAGGAAAAGUUUGGUGAGAUGAUAAUUUCAGAUGAAAACAGAGGAAAAACAAGAGAAAGAGAAGGAAAGAGAGAGAACACGAAAAUGAUAGAGAAGAUGCUGUAAUCAAUGACAUUUGUUCUGAGAAGCUAAAAGAGUUCACUUUAUACAGUGUCCAGUGUUCAGGACGAAACAACAACAGAGAGUAAAAAAAGAUUGAAAGACGAUCAAACGAUUCAUUAAAAGAGUGAAAAAAGAGAUAAAAAAUUGAAUCGAAAAGAUUAACCCAAAAUUUUCAUCAUCGACUUUCUCAUCAUUAAUAUUUGCAUCGAUACAAUCAUCGCAAACAAUACCAAUUGCCAUCAACAUCAAACAAAGUUUGUCAUUGAACCAAACAAUCAACCAAAAUAUUUUACCUUUUUCUUUAUCCAAAGUUUCAUCAUUACCUCAGCCAUUAUUGAGAUACAAUUGUUUUGCAUUCUUGAUCAAGUGCUUAACCAACUGUAAAACAAAAGUAGAAUUGAAAAAUUGAGAAAAUUCAAAGUUAUUGAAAUUCUGUGGAUUCACAAGUAAUCUCAAGUAAACCUUUGAAUUGUUAAAGUAAAUUCUCAAUAGUGAAAAGGUGUCAACUCUUUGCAUACAACUUUCAAUCAAUCGUCAAUAUAAUUGGUGAAAUCAGUGAUCAAUCAAAGGCGAAAUCAAUGGAAGGAGAAUCAUUGAAAAGUAUUAAAGGACAUGAGGUUCCUGAGGCCUUGUUGCUUUAUCCAUCUUUCAAGGAACGACAAAAAAGACGAAUGAGUCUUCCCAUAGGAAGGUUGACCACCGGUCUUGAAAAAACCACCAACCGAAGUCGGCGUAAUUCAUCAACAUCCGUCUCUUCAUCAGCUUCAUCUUAUACAGAAUCAAGCUCGGAAGAUGAAACCGGAACCUCUCCUCGGGAUAAAGUUCAACGAACCUCGAAAGGCUUCACUGAUUUUUGUGUCAAAAACAUUUCACAAGCCCCGUAUGGUCGCAAAGAGAUCGAGAUGGCUGAACAAGAGAUGCCUGGUUUGAUUGCCUUGAGGAAACGAGCUCAAGAUGAUAAACCCCUGAAAGGAGCUAGAAUAAUCGUGUGUACACAUAUUAAUGCUCAAACAGCGGUUCUUGUUGAGACUCUGGUGGCCUUAGGAGCCAGUAUACGAUGGGCUUCAUGUAAUAUCUAUUCAACCCAGAAUGAAGCUGCUGCUGCAAUUGCUGAAGCUGGAAUACCUAUUUAUGCAUGGAAAGGAGAAACAGAGGAAGAUUUUUGGUGGUGUAUCGAUAAAAGCAUUUCUUCUGAAUCAUGGCAACCAAAUAUGAUUCUGGAUGAUGGAGGUGAUGCUACUCAUUUGCUAAUUAAAAAAUAUCCAGCCGCAUUCAAUUUAAUUAAAGGAAUUGUGGAAGAAUCUGUUACUGGAGUCCAUCGAUUGUACCAACUUUCAAAAGCUGGUAAACUCACUGUUCCAGCAAUGAAUGUCAAUGAUUCUGUAACAAAGACCAAAUUUGAUAAUCUCUAUUGCUGCCGAGAAUCAAUCCUUGAUGCAUUAAAGCGUGCAACCGACUGCAUGUUUGGUGGGAAACAAGUCGUUGUCUGUGGUUAUGGUGAGGUUGGUAAAGGAUGCUGUUCAGCAUUAAAAGGAAUGGGUGCCGUUGUUUAUGUUACCGAAAUCGAUCCAAUUUGUGCACUUCAAGCUUGUAUGGAUGGUUUACGAGUUGUUACCCUUUCUGAAGUCAUUAGUAAAGUGGACAUUAUUAUAACUGCCACUGGAAGCAAAAAUGUAGUUACCCGAGAUCACAUUGACACUGUUAAGUCGGGCUGUAUAAUAUGUAAUAUGGGUCAUUCAAAUACCGAAAUUGACGUGCAAAGCUUAAGAACUCCGGAUCUUACUUGGGAACGAGUUCGAUCUUCCGUUGAUCACAUAACUUGGCCUGAUGGUAAAUGGAUUAUUCUAGUUGCCGAGGGACGCCUCAUCAAUCUCAGUUGUUCGCGCGUUCCAUCAUUCGUCGUUUCCAUUACCGCUGCAACUCAAGCCUUAGCCUUAAUUGAAUUAUACAAUGCUCCAGCUGGAAGAUAUAAAUCUGACGUUUACUUGCUACCCAAGAAAAUGGAUGAAUAUGUUGCUAGCCUUCAUCUACCCACUUUUGAUGCCCAUUUAACUGAGCUUUCUGAUGACCAGGCCAAAUUUAUGGGUCUCAAUAAAGCUGGACCAUUUAAACCAAACUAUUAUCGGUAUUAGAAGUAUAGAUAAUUCAAUUUAAAGAUUAAUAUGUUUUUUGGUCGCCCUGGAUAAUAAUUCCAUUUCAUUCUACAUCAACCAUUCCUCAUUUCACUGGAAACGAAAAUGGAUUUUUCACUUUAAUCCAUUAAACAACCUCGUUUACAAGGCUAAUUACAACACAUUAUUACAGGGAAAUCAACGUCACUGUCAAAGCUGUGAAAGCUUUUUCAAUUAAUCCUACGAACAUUUAAACAGAGUUAUUCUAAUAUUUAUAUAUACAUAUGCUUAGUCGACAAAUCAACCGAAGAUUUAAAAAAUUAUAAGCAAGAUGAACGAAAACUCUUAUUUCCAAAAAAAUAUCCUGUGAUAGUAUAUUCAAAAAAGAGUCAUGUUUCGCUAUUAGAUCAAUGACAAUUUUAUUCAUUACUAAAUUAAUUUUCUCUAUCUCUUUCUGUAGUUCUAUAUUUCACAUUUCUUUCUAUCUCAAAUCAUCAUUUAAUCGUCAAUCAACCUGAUCAGGGAUCAUACCUAAAAGAUAAUCUUAAUCUUAGGUACACUGAGUAGUUGAAUGUUUUUUUGUCUCACCGAAACCACAUUCACCUCUAUCUGUCGCACACAAUUACAUUAUUUUCCUCUCAUUUUUUGAAAUUAUGUUUCAUUUAGUUUAAUAAGGUAUCCACCCUGCAGGUUGAUGAUGAUAAACUUUCAUGUCAUUUCAAUGACAGAAAUCAUCUCGAGAUAAAUGGACAGUUUAUCUCAACUUUAGACUUUCAUAAUUUAAUCAUUUUGACAUCUUUCCAUGACAAUAUCACUAUAUCUUGUCAUUUUUAUGCAAUGGCAAUUUUUCAACUCUUCAGAAAGCAGUACUGUGUCUUUAGAUUUGCCUAACAUGAAACAACCGAAAAAAGCAAGAAUUUUUCUCUUCUUUUUCCCCAGUUAAUUCAAUUCAUAAUCUUCAACUAGAUUUGCCAAAAGUAAAAUUCACCGAAAAAAGAAACUGUCCAUAAAAAUCUCAAUUUGAUUUUGAUUCAACGCUAGAAUUCCAGGUUUAUUAUGUAUUUAUCUAUCAAUUGUACACCAGUUACCCUUCACAAGAUUUAAUUCCCCUUUAAAUUAACCUUUUCCCGAUCAUUCUGUUGUUUUUUCACGUUUAGUUGAAUUCAGUUGCAACUUGAUUUAGUUUCAAUUAUUUUCUCUCAUCUUGCUUCUUCGUGUUUUUUGCUUAACAUUUUGCAUUACUAUUUGAGUCCAUCCUUGAAAAUCAUAAAUAUUAUUGUUAAUGUAAUGAAUCUCAGUCAAUUGAAUCUUUUUCAUUCGUUAAUCAUCACUUUUUUGUUUCCUUCUGUACCAACAACGAGAACUGAAAUUAACGGCCAAUCUUGAUAUACAACUAACCAUUGGACAUCAAACACUUUGUCUUUAUCAUCAACUUUCUCAUCAUCAUCAUCACCAGUGAUUCAAUAUAAAUUAUAUUUUAGGUAUCAAAUUAAAUUCAUUUCUAGUACAUGCAUAACCAUGUAUUGGUACAAUCUGUUUAGUCAUUAAUAUUAAUGGUAACAAUCUGAUUCAGAAAUUAACAUAACCAGAUUUUAAAUAUUAAAUGUUUCUAAUCACUUUCUAUUGUAAAUUGGGCAGCUCUUCUUGAAACAAACAGCAGAAACAGUCAACUUAAAUGAUAGCAAAAUUGGGUCACAAAGAUAUUGAUUUAUUUCGCAUUAAUAAUUUACUAAUCACUGUCUUUAUUUGUCCUUUUAUAUAAUAAUCACGAUUAUCAAUUUGUUUCAUUGCAAUUUAUCCCACAAAAUAGAAAGACCCGAAAAAAAUGAAAAGAUCAUGAAAUUUGUAAAACUAUAAUCAAGCAGCCCAAUAAGCUUUUUAAUUGUUGUAAUAAUAUCAAUUGUAUUCCAAAGUUAUAAACAAAUCUCUUUCUUUUUUAAUUGAAAAUGUUAAAUUAAACAAGAAAAUGGAUUUAAAUUAGUGUAAAUGUAAUAUUUGACAAGAAUAAAGUAAAAGAUUCAAAGCAA